UUAUUACUUCAACAGUUCGGUACAAUACGAAAACAAAACGGCUGAGUUCACUUUGGUGAUAGUUCACUACAGUAGUUGAGUAGUUACAGACGAAACAACAAACGAAAUGAAUCGUGCAGAGAAAAGUAAAUGUAUGGAUGUUUACAUAUGCAAUAACUAAACACAAACCGAAUGGUUGCAAUGAAUAAAAUAAGUAUAAAAAUGUUUUUUAAUUGAAUUGGAUAUGAAAAUUUACAGAAAAAUAUAUUUUUCACGUAAUUGAAACGGAUUGACUGACGGACGACAAACUACAAGAAGGGGAUAUAACUUUUAAAUUAUAACUUCGACUGAAAUACAAUACAUCCCUGCACAAUCGAACUUUGCUACAAAACGGCAUCUCUGAUUGAACGAAGAGAGCCACAAAACGUACCCUAGAUAAACGAACGGGUGACUCAAACGCAACACAUGGAACUGAUCGGACGCCAUUGUUUAAUUUCUAUACAAUAAACUAUAUUUACUACAAUUUUAAGCCUUAAUAAAUAGAGUUUAAUUUCGCGCGAGUUAAGUGACUUCGCCACAAGGCACGUAAACAAAGUUUCCACUAAGCAUCAUCAAUAACAACCAAACAUGCAUUAUCAAGAAAUGCAUUCUCAACAUGUAAACAACAAACAUCUGGCAAUGGAAUAAUCCACUGCGAUAACCACCGCCGCAUCUCAACAAUAACAAACAAGUGAUAACAAGAUAACAGAUACCGAAUUCCAACAAAGGAAUGGCAAACAGGUAAUAACUACCCAUCUCAAUAACAACAAACAACUUGCAACCAGAUAACAGCAGCCACAUCUCACUAGCAUAAAUUGCUGUAAGAUCUUAUAUUAUAAACAGUUUUAAGAAUAUAAAUAAAGUGUACGCAUUUCGGCGUAGUAAUAAAAAAAUAUUUUUUUAACUCAUAUCGUGAAAGCAAUAUUAACUGGGGGCUCAAGCCGGUAUAACCCUUGACUGCAGGCAAAUAUCUUCAACCUACAGGAUAAUAAAAUAAAAAUUCCACGGCUUUGAAGAAAAGCAUAAAACCAAUCUCUGAAAAAGUGAGAUAUAAUAAGUUCAUACAGUCGCGUAAAAGGCUAACCUUGAAAUAGCAGGCAGAGUAAACCUAUAAAAAGUGAAAAGCGAAAUGAGAAAUUCCUGGCUUCAAAGAGAAUCCUUCACGCUGGACUCACGUAACAAACGCCAACAAAGUUCAAUUCUAGAUAUGCGCUCAAUGCAACAAGACGAUACAAUGGCACUGGGGCCCUAUUCUAUAACUCGAUUCGAAAAUAAAUUUGCUCGAAUUCGGAUUUUUUGUACUUGGUAACUCUAUUUUCGCAUUUGCAAUUCUAAUUUCGAAUAGUAUAUUCGAAAAUCGAAAACUGGCAACUAUGUAACUCGAAUUUGAAUGUCAAAUUCAUUCGAUCUUCGCAAAUAAUACUCGUUAGCGUUUGAGCUGUAGAAACGGAAUACUAUUUGAAAAAUGGAUUCAUCCAGCAAAAGCCAGCAUACAAAACAAAGCCAAUUUGGAAUUAUGGUGGAAUUCAUGGAAUCGCAUCCAAGUUUGGCCAAAGGCUACAUAAAGUGCGCUGAUGCUAAGCAAACUUCCAAGAAUUUGUGGGGACGGCUGACGGAAGAGUUCAAUGGAGAUGGACCACCUACGCGGGAUGCAUCUUCAUGGAAAAAGGUUUGGGCGGAUUACAAGACCCACCUCAAAGCCAAAGUGCGCAAAAAUAAGUUGCACAUGUCCGGAACUGGUGGUGGCCCUGCAAAAAUUAGUUCCCUUAAUUCGGUGGAGUUAAGGGUAAUGGAGUUGUUGCAAAUAAAUGAAGCAGUAGAUGGAAUAGCCGGUGCUCAAAAAUUCGGUGCAGGAAGAAGUGAAGCCACAAACAGCAACGAAUGUAAAACUGCUCCAACCACUCCGAAUUAUGCAACUGAUUUGCAGGAUCGUGCAGAACUGCCACCUUCUACUCCUCCUUCCUAUUCCCAGGUGUCACCCAAUUGCAGUACGGUGCGGUCCCGAACUCAAAGCAAAAGCAAUCUUUUGAAGAUGCAAGUGUAUGGGCAAAAAAAAUUCCACAAAGAUUGUACUCGCAUUUUAAAAGACGUCAAUUACAAUUUAAAAUCAAUAGCAAAAACAAAUAAGAAAUCUGUGGAACAAAUGGAAGAGAGAAUAGAAAUAGAGAGACAAAAACUUAAAUUCGCAAAAUUAAAACAUGAAUACAAAGUAAAAAGCGACAUGGAGAGAAACAAAAUUAGAAUUUCAAAACUUAGACUGAAGCAACAGCUGCUAGAUGUUAAUACACGUAGAGAUUAAUAUACAUACAUAUCAAAUAUUUGCCUUGUAAGUACAUAUGUACACUUGAAGAAAAUUUUUAUGUUUAUUUUUAUAUAUAAAUACAUAUGUAUGUAAUAGAACCACAAACAUAUUCAUAUAUU